UUAUAAGAACUACACCCUUGUGACUGUCUUUGGAAAUUUGCAUCAGGCCCAGCUGGGUGGUGUGCCUGGGACUUACCAACUGGUUCGAAGUUUCCUGAACAUUAAACUUCCAGCUCCCUUACCUGGACUUCAGGACGGAGAGGUGGAAGGCCAUCCUGUCUGGGCAUUAAUUUACUACUGCAUGCGUUGUGGGGACCUGCUUGCCGCAUCACAGGUGGUCAGUCGAGCUCAGCACCAGCUGGGGGAGUUUAAAACCUGGUUCCAGGAGUACAUGAACAGCAAGGACAGAAGAUUAUCCCCAGCUACUGAAAACAAGCUCAGGCUUCACUACCGCAGAGCCCUCCGGAACAACACAGACCCCUACAAGCGGGCUGUGUACUGUAUCAUUGGCAGAUGUGAUAUCACUGACAACCAGAGUGAAGUGGCAGACAAAACUGAGGACUACCUGUGGCUGAAGUUGAACCAAGUGUGUUUUGAUGAUGAUGGCACCAACUCCCCACAAGACAGGCUCACCCUUGCACAGUUCCAGAAACAGCUGCUGGAAGACUAUGGUGAGUCCCAUUUUACAGUGAACCAGCAGCCCUUCCUCUACUUCCAAGUGCUGUUCCUAACUGCACAGUUUGAGGCUGCCAUUGCCUUUCUCUUCCGCAUGGAGCGACUGCGCUGCCAUGCUGUCCAUGUGGCUCUGGUGCUGUUCGAGCUAAAGCUGCUCUUAAAAUCCUCGGGACAAAGUGCUCAGCUCCUCAGCCAUGAGCCUGGUGACCCUCCCUGCAUGCGACGGCUGAAUUUUGUGCGGCUACUCAUGCUGUACACACGGAAAUUUGAGUCCACGGACCCAAGAGAGGCCCUCCAGUACUUUCACUUCCUCAGGGAUGAGAAAGACAGCCAAGGAGAAAACAUGUUGCGCUGUGUGAGUGAGCUUGUAAUAGAAAGUCGAGAGUUUGAUAUGAUUCUUGGGAAACUAGAAAAUGAUGGAAGUAGAAAGCCUGGAGUCAUAGAUAAGUUUACUAGUGACACAAAGCCUAUUAUCAACAAAGUUGCUUCCGUGGCAGAAAAUAAAGGACUGUUCGAAGAUGCAGCAAAGCUUUAUGACCUUGCCAAGAAUGCUGACAAGGUAUUGGAGCUGAUGAACAAACUGCUGAGCCCUGUUGUCCCACAGAUCAGUGCCCCUCAGUCCAAUAAGGAGAGACUGAAGAACAUGGCACUCUCCAUUGCCGAACGGUACAGAGCUCAGGGAAUCAGUGCGAAUAAAUUUGUGGACUCUACGUUCUAUCUUCUCUUGGACUUGAUCACCUUUUUUGACGAGUAUCAUAGUGGCCAUAUUGACAGAGCCUUUGAUAUAAUUGAUCGCUUAAAGCUGGUGCCUCUGAAUCAGGAAAGUGUAGAAGAAAGAGUGGCUGCCUUCAGAAACUUCAGUGAUGAAAUUAGGCAUAACCUCUCAGAAGUGCUUCUCGCCACCAUGAACAUCUUAUUCACACAGUUUAAGAGGCUUAAGGGGACAAGUCCAUCCUCUGUAUCCAGACCCCAGCGAGUCAUCGAGGACCGCGACUCUCAACUCCGAAGUCAAGCCAGAGCCUUGAUUACCUUUGCUGGAAUGAUACCCUACCGGACGUCUGGGGACACCAAUGCAAGGCUGGUGCAGAUGGAGGUCCUCAUGAAUUAAGUGCCAUAUUUUGGGGGCAUCUGGGACUGCACAUUGUCAGUACAUUAGGCACAGGGGCCACUGGGUGGGGUUUCUGGUUUUGUUUCUGUUGUGUUGUGUUUUGUUUUUAUAUUAUGUAUUUUU